AUGGAGAGCAUGAUACAUCACUCUUACUGUCAGAGGUUUGGGACGGACUGCAAGGACCUGAUUGCGAUGUUAGAACAGCCACAAGAUUGGUCCACCUUCUCAACAGAGCUGGAGAUCAUUCAAACUCUUCGGUUGUGUUUUUCAGACUUCAAAAUCAGCUACUUCCCAAGGAUGCAGAAUGAGAUUGCAGAUUCGCUAGCUAAGAAUGCACCUGCUCCUCCUACUACUCUUGAACGUGCGUAUGGUGUGCAUAACAUCAAACUACAUGUUCUGAUCAUCUUAGACACAGAUGAGUUCAAUUACGAUGCCUGGAAAGAACUCUUCUUGACUCACUGUCAAAGUUUCGACGUCGGAGGACAUCUCGACGGAACUCUUCUUCCCACUGAUGAUAAUGAUCAACAAUGGGGCAAACGUGACGGUCUAGUCAAACUAUGGAUCUACGGUACCCUCUCCAAGAAUCUGUUUCGUAACACCUUCAAAACAGGAGGAACAUCUCGAGAGAUCUGGAUCCGAAUUCAGAACUUCUUCAGAGACAACAAGGAAGCUCGCGCUAUCCAACUAGAUCACGACCUCCGCACCAAGGUGAUAGGCGACAAAACUAUCCAGGAUUACUGUCAGGACGUUAAGUCCAUCGCUGAUCUACUCACCAAUGUCGACUCUACUGUCUCGGAGAGGACUCUCGUGACCUACUUGCUCAAUGGCUUAAGUCACAAGUACAAUAACAUAAUCAACGUGAUCAUCCAUCGUCAACCCUUCCCCACGUUUGAGCAAGCGCGAUCGAUGCUGCUCCUAGAAGAGGACAGACUGAACAAAGGAAGCAGAUCGACGAUUGUCAAAGACACAACCUCUUCCGACAAGGUACUCAACGUCUCAACCACAGCUCAACAACCACAACAGCAGCAAAAGUUCUACAACAACAGGGGAUCAAACCGCAAAAACAGAGGACGUGAACGCAACUUCAACAAUCAACAACGACCCAUGUACAAUCAGUGGGGCGUCCCAUAUUGGCAAAACGGAUAUCCCUUCUGGGGAAAUCAGCAAGCGGUUCCAUGGAACAACCAGCAACAACUCAACAAUCAGGGCAUUCUUGGACCGCGCCCCAUCUCCAAUCACCAAGUCCAUCAGGUUCAAGCGCAAGCUCCUAUGAACAACUUUGCUAAUUCCCCUGUUCCAACAACGGACUUUGCCUCUGCAUUCAACACAAUGACGUUGAUGGAUCCUUCAGAUCAUCAGUGGUACAUGGACUCUGGAGCCACGUCUCACCUCACCAACAAUCCAGGACCUUCAAACUCGUCAGACGAUUCUCCGCAGUGA